CUGUAAAAGUAAAGAAGAAGAAAAGCGGAAGCCGAAACGAACGCAAAGAAGAGUCCGGUUCCCCAAGGAAAAAUUAAGUCAAGAAAGUAUUGCUGCUUGACUGUUAUAAUCGGGCGUUUCUCAAGUGAAAUGGCGGCACUGGGUGGAACUUCCAUUCAGGAGAAAGUCAGCAGGUUGCUCAGCAAACGGAAUGGAAAACCUGUACUCAAGCCCAAUAAAGCUCUUGUCCUGAGGGAUGCAGUGACCAGCCGCAAACCCAAGAAGGGAGAGGCCACGUGUAUCACAGAGUUGUCAGUCAUGAUGGCCUGUUGGAAGCAGAACAACUUUGUGGAUAGCCUGUGCUCCAAAGAGAUGGGUGAUUUCUACUCGUGUGUUGGAGAGGCUCAGGCUUCAAUGAAGAAAACAUUCGGAGAAACUAGUCUUCAAGGAGGACGUCUGCAACCAAAACAAACCAACGCCCUGUUGAAGAGAUAUCCCAAUCAACGUUUUGAGAUCUAGGAACCAUAUUGUUUGGUUUUAGACUUGAAAUGUGCAAAAAUCGAAAUAAGCCACAUCGUUGAGCCUUGUCACCGUGUUUAAUCGUGUUAAGCUAUCAGUGGAAUUUGGGUAUCUCACGGUUUAAGUUCACAGGUCAAGAGGCUACGCGACUGCUUCCUGUGACAAGGUUAUAUAAUGUUAGGGCAUUGACCAUUAAUAACACGUCAUCCAUCCGUUUUCCGGACUGCUUCUCCUCGCUUGGGUCGCGGGCGCGCUGGAGCCUAUCCCCCAGCUAUCUUCGGGCGAGAGGCAGGGAUACAGUCGCCGGCCAAUCACAUAUAACCAAAUAUUAGUAGUUUCAGGAUAAUGUUAUUCUGAAACAAUCCAUCCACUUUCGAUACAGUUGAUGGCUCAUUUUCAUAUAAUCUGUUCCCUAAGAGUAAAGACAUGGCCCACUUAAUUUCACUUUGAAAAUCUAUUUCACUGAUAUGAGUAGUUUAAUUCUUGGCAGUUAUCCACAAAAAAAAAAAAAAAAAAUCACAAUUGCUUCUUCGAUUUGUUAAACUAAAAUAAAGUAGUAUUUUUCAACCUUUUGAUUAAUCUCAUGAACUUUUAGUCUUUACCAUGAGGUGUCCGUAAUGAAGUUUUGUUUUCUCAAGAUGGUAAUUACAUUUUUGGAUAUGUAGGAUUAUUCUCCUGUUGUUUAAAGGUCCUGUGUUUUCCCAAACCAACUUCAAGUAUCCGGUAUGUAAUAUUGUCUCCGUGGUGCCUCAUUAAACGUGAUUAUAUGAAUUAAAA